ACUUUAUUGAUAUAUGAUGCAAAAAAAACAUUCGAAUAAAGAGAAUGAUUCAUAAAAUAAUAAACAUUAAUCUGAGUAACAAAUCAUAAGAGAUUAUAAAUUAGGUUUGAACUUAUAUAAAUUUAAGUUUAAAGUUUGGGAGUUGGCACAUUUGGUGUAGUGGUAUUAAGUUUAAAUAAAAUAACUGGAGAGAAAGUAGCCAUCAAAAUUUUAGAGAGAGAAUAAUAGAGGUAACAGAAAUUAAAGAUUUUUACGAGAAAUACAUUUAUAAAAAUUGAUCAGACAUGUAUUAUUAUAUGAGGUACAUUUAGUAAUGGAAUUUUUUGAUAAUAA